UGGGCUCGCGGCGGCAGCAGGUGAGAGUGGAGCGGCGGCGGCGCGGCGCCUCAGUCAGACGCGGAACAGGGGAGUACCGGAGCGGAGCYAUGGGAAAGCUACAGGAAUUUGACAUCASUUUUGCCAACAACAAGGUGGUUUACGGUCCGGGGGAGUCCAUUAGCGGAACUGUGAAAAUCCGAACCGGCAGCCCUCUGCAGUACAAAGCCAUCAAGGUGAACUGUCUGGGCUCAUGCGGCAUCUCCAACAAAAUGAACGACUCCUCGUGGAGUCUGGAGGAGCAGUACCUGAACAGCAUGCURUCUGUGGCCGAUAAAGGAACCCUGGCUCCAGGCGAGCACAGCUUCCCCUUCCAGUUCGUCCUUCCAGUCGCCAUCCCCACGUCGUUCGAAGGACCAUUCGGGAAGAUCGCUUACCGCGUGAGAGCGGCCAUCGACACGCCGCGCUUCUCCAAGGACUACAAAGCCCAGCGGCCCUUCUACGUCCUCAACAUGCUCAACCUCAACGAGGUCCCCGACAUCGAACAGCAGAGCUGCGCGGUGACGACGAAGAAGUUCAGCUACCUGCUGGUGAGGACGGGGACGCUGAUGCUGAAGACCCGCAGCGACCAGCGGGGCUACGUMCCCGGCCAGGUCAUCAGGCUGUCCACCGAGAUCCACAACAAGUCCGGGAAGGACACCGGAUACGUCCUGGCCAGCCUGGUGCAGAUGGUAACGUAUCGGACCAAGCGGCCGGUCUUCGACCGGCGGACCAUCGCGGAGGUGGAGGGAGCCGGAGUGAAGGCCGGAAAACACGCCGAGUGGAGGGAGCAGAUCAUCGUCCCUCCYCUUCCUCAGUCGGGGCUCACCGACUGCCGCCUUAUUGACGUCAAUUAUUUCAUUCAGGUGUCUCUAAAGUCUCCAGAAGCGGUCGUCGUUCUGCCCAUCUUCAUUGGGAACAUCCCAGUGAACCUGUCCCCCGUCGGCUCAAUCCCCACCAGUCCCAGUUCUUCCCUGGCUCCCAGUGCCACCGGAGUGAUGCCCAGCGCCCCGCCGGUGGAGGACGACCCGGAUGGCGAGCUGGGCGCCGGAGGCUUCGCCAGCGAGGAGAUCCCCACUAAGAGCCACUCGCAGCAGGACCCGUCGGGGCCGCCGGUCAGCAUGUCGCCCAGCGCCUUUAGCUACGCCCCCGGAGCCGCGCUGCCGCCCGGCCGGCGCCCCGACGCCACGGCGCCACUCUUCUGCCUUUCCACCGGAGCCACCAUACCGUUCUUCACAGAGGGCGACGUGAACCCAAUCCCCACAUCCUGCUCACUCAUCCUGCCGCCGGAAUACAGCAGCUGUGAUUAUCCUCAAGAACCGCCGCCGACGUACGAGGAAAGCUGCAGCAGUGUGGACUCUAGUUUUAACAGCGGACAGUAGAAGAAGAAGCAGCGGAGGGUGAAGCGUCAUGGCCGCCGCCUGGCUGCUUUCCCCGCCAUCCGGACAGAAACCCGCUGGAGGACGCCUCCGCCCUGCAGACGGUCCGUUUGGGCUGAAAAAGGGAUUGUUUCUUAUUUCUCUUAAGAGUUUUGGUUCCCGCCUCGUCUCCCAGCCGGUAACAUCAAACCCUACAGGUGAACUUUGUGCCUAAAACGUAUUUUCAGAUCAAUAUUUAAGAUUUUCUGUGACAGGACCUGUUUUAUUCUGGGAGGAGAGUGAAAUCUGUUUUUUUAUUUCUGCAAGUUGUUGCAUCUGUGAUGCCUUUAGAGUAACUGUAGCACCCGGCUGCUUCCGGACUUUUCCGUCUGGCCCUUUUCUGCUGUCGUAACAAAUAUGAGCGACUGGGUGAACCUCAGGGUCGUGUGUUCGGCCCCCAGAUGUUUUGCUCAUCAACAAAGCAGCAGCAGCAGCAGCAGCGGUGUGUUUGUGAUGUGCCAGUUCCUCUGCUGCAUCUGUGUGACGAUGAUGCAGAAACCUCAGAACCCAACAGAAACCCUUUCUGAAGGAUGUUUUAGUGAUUUUAUUUUAAAAGAGACUGAAAUUGUUUGCUUUUAUGUUUCCAAGCUGUCAGAAUUUCUUGUUGUUUUUUUGGGUCUGGAUAAGUUUUUCUGACUUUGUGAAUGUUUUCCUUUGGUAUUUGGCCGCUUUUUCAAACUAUUUCUGCCUUCUCGCUCAGCAUAUCGCGAGUCGGUUGCUUAAAGAAAACGCCUGAUUGAUUGAUUGAUUGAUCCGAAUCAAUCGGCGUAGCAAAUAUUCUACUGGAAAAGUUUACAAACUGCUCUGUGUAACGGAAAAACAAUCAAUAGAGCGAUUGAUCAAGACCAAUUAGAGAGAAAACAGGUUUGACUUGGUUUAUUUAACUGAAUGUUUUUGUCUUUUGCUCCAUACUGCCACCUUGUGUUGGUUUUAUUCUUUAUUCAAAAAGGGGGGGAAAAAUCAAUAAUGCCAGAAAAAAGUCUGAGAAUUGAGUCAUAAUAUUAUGAGAAUAAAUAAUACAACAAAAAGCUGCAGUAUGAAAAAACUCAAUGUUAUGAGACAAAGUUGUAAUAUAAAAAAAUUAAAAAGUCUUGAUAAUAAACUCACAUCCAGAAUAAAAAUGUUGUAUGAAAAUAAACUCAUGUUACAAGAAAAUGUCUUUAUUAGUAGAACAAAGUAGUAAUUUUAUGGUGGAAGAUUAAAUAUCUAACAUUAAAAUGUUAGAUAUCUUGUGAAGUUAUACCGGUUUUACAAAUUGGACAUAUUUUAUCCUAUAAAACAUCAGCAUCAAAUUAUUACCAGAAUCAAGACUUUGAAACGACACAAACUAGACAAUCUGUUUCCUCAUUUAAAAAAAAAAAUUCUUCUCCUAAUUUUAUGACUUCUGGCAAAAUUGUGUCUUUGCCAAUAUUCUGACUUUUUUCUCAUAAUUAAAAUAAAAAUCCCUAAAACUCCAUUUUAAUCUAUGAUAAUUUAGGUUGAAAAUCCCACUGCGCCYCCCGGUGGUCGGUUCUGGUACAGGCUUCACCUCAACUCGCCGUUUAAAUCUUGAGUUUUAAAUUUCCGGUCUCUGCUGUUGCAAAAACAAGUCUGAGGAUCUUUUCUGUUGCCUUAACGCUCAUGUAGUCUGUAGACGGCAAUGUAAAUGUGCACAAAUCAGCACUUUCUGAAACUUUGUGUGUGUGUGUGUGUGUGUGUGUGUGUGUGUGUGUGUGUGUGUGUGUGUGUGUGUGUGUGUGUGUGU